AUGACCGAUUUCUUGAGGAAUUUGCCCAAGCCGAAGAGGAGGCCCUAUGAGUACGCUGAUGGGGAAGAGGGCGGGAGGAGGGGUGACGGAAGUAGAGACGAUGGAAGUAGAGACGACGAAAGCAGAGACAACCGAAGUAGGGACAACCGAAGUAGAGACGAUGGGAAGAGGAGCCACGGAAGCAGAGGUGAUGGCAAAAAUCAGUGUUACGAGUACCUGAAGAGGAGAUACCUGCGAAUCACCUGCAACGAGGACUUCCAGGGAGGAGGAGCCUACCCGGAGAUCCACGUCAAUCAAUACCCAAACGACAUGGGCCUUCCAGAGGGUGGUGGCGGAGGCGGCGAGAGAAAAAGUACCAAAGGAAACGUAGUGCUAAAAUAUCUGGACGAAAAUAACAACGUAAAGUACGACAACCUAAUAAACGAAGAUGUCCUCAUCUACAACCAACAAAUAGAAACAGUAGAACCAAACGAAAAAAUACAAAAAUUAAGGAAAAAAAAAAUCCUAUCAGAUGCAAAAGAUAAAGAAGAAAAGUUCAAUGAACUAGCCGUCUACAAACCAAAUGAAGAGGAAGAAAAAGAAAUCAUAGACAACACAAGAAAAAAUAUUGAACAAGUAAUAAAUGAUAAGUCAAACAAAAGUAUAGCAAAUAAGAAGGAAGAUAAAUUCUUUAGAUACAUUCCUCAAAAUAAACUGAAUCAAAAUUUAGAUGAAAGGAUUAUCAAAGUGGUCCAUAAAACAGUGGACCCCUUAGACGUGUCCAAAUUUAAACAUAAGAAGUUACCAAACGUAAAGAACUCUCCUGAUUAUCCUUUGUUAAGAUCUCCUACCAGAAAGAUAAACAAAGAAGAGGAGGAUAAUUGGAAAAUCCCCCCUUGUGUCUCCAACUGGAAAAACAACAAAGGAUACAAUAUUCCAUUGGAUAAACGAAUCCAAAGUGAUAAUAAAAAACUAAACCAAGUGGAGAUUAACGAGAAUUUUGCACACCUAAGUGAGUACCUCUAUGUGGCGGAGAAGAAAGCUAGGGAAGAAAUCAAAAUGAGGAACAGUAUCAUUAAACAGAAAAAAUUAAAAGAAAAAGAAGAAAAGGAAAAUGUUUUACGAAAUCUAGCUAUACAGGCAAGAAAAGAAAAAAGCCUUGCACAAACACAGAGCUCCAUUAUCAACGAAAGAAAAAGAGAAAUCGAAAGAGAUUACCGCAUCGAAAAGAAUCUUAAGAAAAUGAAAAAUUAUGAAAAUAGACUCAUUGAAGAACAAUUUGCUCUCAACAAAGUCAAUGUCAGUAAAAACAACAACAUCCAUGAUAUCAGCCUUUUCAAUAUAAACAACCAGAAUGACGAUGGAAAGAAUCAACUCGCUGCCAACGACGAUGACCUGUACCAGAUUUACGACACUUCUCUGUUUAACUCCAAACAGAGCAACAAUAUUUACAAAUUCUCCAACGAACGGGUCAGGAAGACGCUUCAAAAGAUGGAGACCACGCAGAGUGCCGCUGAGCCGGUGAAAUUCAUCAAGGACAUCUCCGACCCCUUCGGCCUGGACAGCCUGCUCUCCCAGGCCAAGAAGAAGUAG